GGCGGACGCAUACGGUUACGGACGACGCGUACGCGAACGUCACACGGUCAAUCGGAAACGUUUCGUACGAGUCGAAUUACGAGCUUUUUGCACACCGUUGUUGUCGUUUUUUAUUUUUUUAUUUUUAUUGUUAUUUUUAUUAUUUUUCCGUACUGUCUAACGCGUACGCUCUAUGAUUCGUACGACUACUGCGGUACUGGAAAUAUAGCCAAAAACCAUUUCCGCACAUUGUGUUUCAAAGUUUUUUCUCUUGUUGUUGAAAUCUUAAAAAAAUAUAUAUAUAUAUAUAUAAAACGCCACGAAAAAUACUUACGAUCUCGGACGGACGGAUUUCGAUUUCCCGCCAACCGUACCCGGUGUUCUUCAAAUUCUCACUUUAAUCUAAAUUUACGGACCAUGUGCCCUGAGAGAAGCUGUCACAACGAUCGACGAUAAAGAUGACUGUCAAAUGGUGGUCCGUGUUGGUCGCGUUGGCGUGUUGCUCGAUCUGCCGCACCGUGAUGUGCACGUCCGUCCGAUUGGACCUGAGGCCGAUACCAUCCAACGACCCCGGUCUCAUCCCUGAUCUCAUCGAGAUGCCCAACCCGGCGCUGGACCCCAAACCCGCCGACCUGAACGUUACCGCCCUACUGGCCAAACUGGGUCCCAAAUUCGAUCCGAACUUCAUGAGCUUCAUGAUGCCCGAACAUCUGAUGCCUGUCGCCGACAUACCCUUCAGGAGGAACCGCAGGGGCCGAUUGGUGCCGACCGGAAAGAUGCCGGCCAGCAUCCGCGAACUGGACACCAAGUACUUCACGCUUCCCGACGGUCGGCGGCUGAGGACCCGGAUAUCCGGUCAGCUGCGCCGGAAGAUCCAGCAGUACCUGUGGGGCAAGACCACGUGCCCGGUGCAACGGCAAUGGAAGGACCUGGGCCAGCGUUUCUGGCCACGAUGGCUGCUCGAGGGCCGCUGCCCCAAGGGCGAAAUGUCAUGCUCGGUGCCCGCGGGAAUGUACUGCCACGCCACCGACAACCAGUUCAAGACGCUGCUGCGGUGGCACUGUCGGAGUGCGGGCGGCGGCGCGUCGGCCAUGUUACAGCAAUACAACUCGCUGCCCGGCACAAAGGUGCCCGGACAGCUGAACUCCAUCAGGACGUGCCAGUGGAUCAAGGUGGAGUAUCCGGUGGUGACCGAGUGCGGUUGUGGUUGCGCGACCGACGUUUCCGAAUGA